AAAGCAAGUUUAUCUGAGCCGGGCUUGGCUUGCUCUUGCCUUCAUUUGUGUUUUAUCCAAGCCAUAGUCCAAGCAGAUUUUUUGAGCAAUCUUCGAUCUCCAAGUCUAAUUUAUAGCCUCUCAUCCUCAUCCAAUAGAAUGGAUGGUUUCAAUCGAUGAAACAAAAUUUAAGCCUUUUUGCUUGAGAUCCCAUGUAAUUUGCAUUUCCAUUGAAUAAUAAGGCAUUGUGAGCCCACAUCUAAGAAAUAACUGUACGCAGGGGUACAAACGGCGGGGUUACCCUAGAUGGACUUCUAGCUGCUACAGCUGCGGGCAUCGCCAUUGGUAUUCCUUUUACUCUUGCUGGAAUGAUCACGGCUGAAUGUUCUGCAGAUGCAGCUUGGAGGCAGCUGCUAGCAGUACCAGUUGCUGCAUUAGCCGGGCUUUUUGGAAGCCUGAUAGAUUCAUUUAUAGGCGCAACACUACAGUUUAGUGGAUAUUGUAGCGUGCGGAAGAGGGUGGUCGCCAAACCUGGUGCGACUGUGUUGAAGAUCUCAGGAAUGAACAUCCUGGACAACAAUUCGGUGAAUAUAGUCUCUGUGUUUUUGACAACGCUGCUUACUUCCAUCGCCUGCAUUUACAUCUUCUAGGUGCUCAGGCUGGUAAUUAUUAUAUGCUAAUUAGUUACUUCGAUUCAUGGGCAAUUCUAUAUCAUCUACACUAAAUAAUAAUGGCUGAAAUAGAAAAUCUAUAUCAUUUGCUUAUUAUUUACUUGUUAUAAUAUGGUUGAGAUAACGUAUCCUUUAGGUUCAGCCCAAGUUAUGUUUUGAUAUGAAAUGUUUUUUAUUGAUUUUUGCUGUUACGACAAAGAAAGAAAUAUAGAAUAUGAAAAGAUUAUGAUGAUAUUAUCAGAGAUGAUGAUUAUUGGCUUUGGGAAAUGGACAAAGAACUGGAUGUCUGUGAGUUUAUUUU